UGGUGUACGACUACACAACUGCAAGGACUCAAAUCUUUUCUCUGAAGGCAAACCCUUUCAAAAGAAACAGCACUGCCUCUACAUCCAGGAAACCAUGGAGAAUGUAUCAGCAGUGACGUCCUUCAUUUUGACAGCAUACACUGAACUGGAAGAUCACAGAUAUUUAUACUUCAUAUGUUUCCUUAUUUUAUACAUUCUGACAUUAUUGGUCAAUUUGGUUCUUAUUGUAGUAACAUGCACAGAAAAAGGUCUGCAUGAACCUAUGUAUUUGUUUAUAUGUAACUUAUCAGUUAAUGGAGUGUGUGGUAGUACAGUUUUAUUACCAUCUAUGCUUAGCCAUUUGCUAUCUCAUAAUUAUGCAAUAUCUCUCUCUUUUUGUCUAUUAGAGAUAUACUGUUUAAUGUCAUAUGCUUUAGUUGAAUUUACUAUUUUAGCAGUGAUGAGCUAUGACCGGUAUGUUGCUAUCUGUCACCCAUUACACUAUCACCUCCUCAUGUCCCCUAGAAAGGUUUCCGCAGCCAUUGUAUUAUCCUGGGUUGUUCCCUGUGUUUACUUUGCCCUUUAUUUCAUAUUAACAACUGCCCGACUGUCAUUCUGUGACAGGUAUAUAGAAAAAAUUUAUUGUAUGAAUUUCGAAUUAGUUAAAUUGUCUUGCUUUGAUACAACGAUUAUAAGAUUUGUAGGACCAGUAUUAAUAAUUGUUUGUCCUAGUCCUCAGAUUGUCAUGAUAUUAUUUUCUUAUGCACAAAUACUUAGAAUCUGCCUGUCUGCUUCUAAGGAAUCUCAAGCCAAAGCUCUUCAAACAUGCACCCCACACUUACUGUCUGUGAUUAAUUUUUCUGUGGGAUGCUUAUUUGAGGUCAUCCAGGGUCGUUUCAACAUGAGUCAUGUACCUCAAAAAGUUCGCAUAUUCCUGUCCCUGUACAUUCUGAUAAUUCCCCCAUUGUUUAAUCCUCUCAUUUAUGGAAUUAGCAUUCAGGCCAUUAAAGUUCAGAUUUUCAAAUUACUGAGUAGUAAAAAAAGAAGUGAAACCAGCGCAUGGUGAUGAUUUAAAAAUAUAUUCUCUUUCUGUUAUUUAGAUAUGGUUAGUAAGGCUGAACCCUGUAUCACUAGUCUUCCCAGAUGCCAGAUUUUGGGCCGAAUGUCUAGUUUUUUUUUAUUGUUUGUACAGGUUUGGUUUUUGGCCCCAACUGGACAAUAUAAAAGCCCGGUCUGAAUAACUGAAAUUUGACGCCCCCCUGGCCACCCCACCCCACUUCAUUAUUAAGCAUCAACCUGCCCCCCUGGUCAGAGAACCCAAACCUCACCUGUGUGUACAGUCCAUGUUUGAUAUUCAGUUUUGACUAAUUCUACAUCUGGCAACCCUACGUAUCACAAAGUAAUAUAAAAGGACAUGUAAUAUUAAAAAUCACUGAAAUAUUGAAAAUGUCUUGUCUGGG